GGAGCCUCGUCCACUUGGAGCGGCGUUGGGUUUCCUUGAGGACCUUAGUGAGGUUUGGAACAGUAAAGGGUCUUAGGUUUGCACAAGACACAUCCAACCAUGUCGGACGCGGUGGUUAGUUUCAUGAAGGACUUUUUGGCUGGUGGCAUUGCCGCUGCCAUCUCCAAAACAGCUGUCGCUCCCAUUGAAAGAGUCAAGCUGUUGCUGCAGGUCCAGCAUGCCAGCAAACAGAUCACCGUAGACAUGCAGUACAAAGGCAUCAUUGAUUGUGUGGUUAGGAUCCCGAAGGAACAGGGUUUCAUAUCCUUCUGGAGAGGCAACCUGGCCAAUGUGAUCCGUUACUUCCCCACCCAAGCAUUGAACUUCGCCUUCAAAGACAAGUACAAGAAGAUCUUUCUCGGGGGAGUGGAUCAAAAAACACAGUUCUGGCGUUACUUUGCUGGUAAUUUGGCAUCCGGCGGUGCCGCUGGUGCAACUUCGCUUUGCUUCGUCUACCCUCUUGACUUCGCCAGAACAAGGCUCGCCGCUGACAUCGGUAAAGGCACAGCUGAGAGAGAGUUCACCGGUCUUGGAAAUUGCAUCGCUAAAAUCUACAAAACCGAUGGCCUUAAAGGUCUUUACCAGGGAUUCAAUGUGUCAGUUCAGGGCAUUAUCAUCUACAGAGCGGCCUACUUCGGCUGCUUCGACACAGCCAAAGGUAUGCUGCCAGAUCCAAAGAACACGCACAUCGUCGUCAGCUGGAUGAUUGCGCAGACUGUCACCGCUGCAGCUGGUAUCAUCUCAUACCCAUUCGACACCGUCAGACGUCGUAUGAUGAUGCAGUCUGGACGCAAAGGAGCGGACAUCAUGUACAAGGGCACAAUCGACUGCUGGAGGAAGAUCCUCAAGGACGAGGGAGGAAAUGCCUUCUUCAAGGGCGCCUGGUCCAACGUGAUCAGAGGCAUGGGUGGUGCCUUUGUGUUGGUGCUGUACGAUGAGAUCAAGAAGUACUCACAGUAAACCUACAAACCUCACAGUCCCAGAGGAAACCGUUCACUUUGUUUGAGUCUUAAUUCAUGUGAGAGAGAGAGAGAGAGAGAGAGAGAGAGAGACAGAGAGAGAGAGAGUGAUAACAGCUUGUGGUGAAUUCAAAUGUUGGCAUGUGCUCUUGUGCAGCAACAGCAUCAGCUGCAGCCCAGGGAAGAAAAGGGUUAACAUGCCUUCUCACAAAUCUGUAUAUAUCCCAUCUACCAUGUGCCAAAGGGCAUAGACAAACUUUCAGUGUGCCAAAGUCAAGCCUGUGGUUCAGUGGCGACGUGACGACACAAAGGGAAUCGUCACUAUAUACUCGAUGUUAGUCAGUUUGUGAAGCAGUUGCAGAGCCUUUGUAUUGUUAUGUUGAGACCACUCUGACCCAUGUAUCCCACCUUAUACAUUAUUUUAUUAAGAAUAAAAGUUUAUUAGUCUAA